AUAUAAAUGUGUACGUGAAUAUUUAAUACGUCGUUCGUCUAGAUUGAUCGGCACAUAUUUUUGAGUAAUUUGUUCGGUAAAAGCUUUUAUGGAUUGAACUCGAUCGCUUUUUUUUGCAUUCCCAUUUGUUUGAUUUUAUUAGCGGGUGUAUUUACGGAAUUCGUAAGAAUUAUUGUUAGUUAAGGAGUGGAUGACGAUGAGAAGGAGAGGUAGAACGGGUCUCGAUUCGUCGAUUGUCGAUGUUUGGAAACGUGAAGUGGGCUCCCUCUCCACUAGAAGCUUCGCCCACCGGCUUGCCGCUUCCGAGGAUCUCGUGCUUCGUCUUGAUAUCCUACAAAAGCUUGAGAAGCACCGUGGUUGCGUGAACACUGUUAGCUUUAAUGCAGCGGGUGAUGUUCUAGUAUCGGGUUCUGAUGAUAGGAAGGUCAUAUUCUGGGAUUGGGAAUCUGGUCAAGCAAAAUUCUCUUUCCAUUCAGGACAUCAUAACAAUGUUUUCCAAGCAAAGAUCAUGCCUUACACUGAUGAGCGAAGCAUUGUUACAUGUGCUGCUGAUGGGCAGGUGAGACAUACUCAAAUUGCUGAGUGUGAAGUGGAGAGUAAACUAGUGGCAAGACAUCAGGGACGGGUGCACAAGUUGGCCAUUGAACCUGGGAGCCCUCAUAUUGUUUAUACAUGUGGCGAGGAUGGAUUAGUUCAGCAUAUUGAUCUGAGAACUGGAAGUCCUACCUGCCUCUUUACUUGUAGACCCUUGCCAAGCCAGAAUUAUUUUACCACUGUUCAUCUAAAUUCAAUUACAAUAGACCCAAGAAAUCCAAAUUUACUUGCUGUUGGUGGAUCAGAUCAGUUUGCUCGACUAUUCGACAUUCGUAGUUAUAAUUGGGAUUCAUCAUCCAAAUAUGACCGGCCUGUUGAUUUCUUUUGUCCCCCACAUUUAAUUGAUGAUGACAAUGUGGGAAUAACAGGGUUGGCAUUCUCCGAUCAGAGCGAGCUACUCGUGUCUUACAAUGAUGAGUUUAUUUAUCUAUUUACAAGGGAUGGUGGAUUGGGACCUGAUCCAGCUUUUGCGACUGAUAUCUUCGAUGGCAGUGAUGCUGGUGAUAUGACCAUGGAUAAGUGUUCAGGCUCAUCCAUUUCAAGUGACGCGGCCAAUGUAAAAGAUGUUCCGCAGGCCUACAAAGGGCAUAGGAACUGUGAGACUGUGAAGGGUGUGAAUUUCUUUGGUCCUAAAUGCGAGUAUGUUGUGAGUGGGUCAGAUUGUGGCCGGAUUUUCAUUUGGAGGAAAAGGGGUGGAGAUCUUGUUCGUGUUAUGGAAGCAGAUAGAAAUGUGGUGAAUUGCAUUGAGCCUCAUCCUCAUACUACGAUGCUAGCCAGCAGUGGAAUAGAGCAUGACAUAAAAAUAUGGAUCCCAAAAGCCAUUGAUAGAGCCACUCUGCCUACUAAUAUUCAGAAGGACAGGGUCAUGAAUCUGAUACCUCAUCGAAUUGCUUUCUUCCCGUUCGAUGGUUUUUAUGACGACGAUGAUGACGGCGACUUCAUCUGUUCUGGUGAUGAUGACGAUGAUGACGAUGACGAUGAUGAUGAUGACAGCGAGGAUGAUGACAGUGAUGAUGAUGAUGAUGAUGAUGAUGGUGACAGUGAUGACGGUGAUAAUUGUGUCACUGGUGACUGUAUUCCUGAUAAUAUUAAUAUUGAAGAGGACAGUGAGGAAGAUGAUAGUAUUGAGUUCACUUCCAUUGAAGAUUUAGAUGAAAAUGAUGAGUUUGCCGAGAAUUUCUUUGAUGAUGAAGAGGUUGUUGGAGGUACCAUAGAAUCAGAGAAUGAUGACAAUAUCGACAGUCCAACUGCUGCUGAUGAUGAUUUGCUCGUUGAUGAUUGUAGUGAUUUUGGGUGUGGUGACUUUUGAUGACUGAUAUGAAUUAGAUCCCAUGAUGGAUGAUGGUAUUGCCUAUGAAAAAAGAAAUGGUUGAUAAUUGGGAUAUGUUAUAUUGACUUUUGAUGAUCUUUAAUACUCUGUGUUUCCAGCGAAGACUCGUAGUAGCAGGGGGUGGGAUGCACCGGAUGAUUUCUCCGGAGGAUUUGAUGUUGCAGUUGUUUGCUUUGCAGAGGCGCACCACAAGCUCUGAGAGCAAUGGUGAAUAAUUCAGAUGUCGGGUGGGAUCUGCCACAACACGUUUGUCUCACAUUUGAAUCUGACAGUGACGAUGAUGCUUCAUCAUCGGAUGAUGAUUAUGAUUUCACUGUCACUUCAUCAGAAGAUGAUGAGUAUGAUGAUGAUGAUGGUAGAGACACCACAGGCGGUGAAGACUCCUGUUUGUGUUCGUAUUAGGACAGGCUUUUGGGUCUCUUUUUGUACAAAAUAUAGAAUAAGGUCGUGCAUCUUUUGUGAUUUUUUCUUGAUAAUUCAAAAAAUUAGUGAAAACAAUUGUUAGAUGAACAAUUUCUGGAUUGAUUAUGGAUAAAUUUAUUAUAUACUAUAUGUUUGGG